CUAUCUUGGGUCCUGUCCAGUGUUCCGCCCGGAAGUCCGGAGAGGUUCUGCCUGUUCCCGCGUGUCACAUUUCCCCAUUGAGAAACACAGUGAGGGAUCUGGAUGUCCCGGAAUCCUGAAAUGGAGCUGGUGUCAUUUGAGGAUGUAGCCGUGAACUUCACCUGGGAGGAGUGGCAGGACCUGAAUGCUGCCCAGAGGACUCUGUACAGGGACGUGAUGCUGGAGACCUAUAGCAGCCUGGUGUUCCUGGGGCACUGUAUGAACAAACCUGAGUUGAUCUUCAAGUUGGAGCAAGGACUUGGCCCAUGGAAUAUAACAGAAGCCUCAGACAGGAGCCUCCCAGAUUUUCAUACAUUAGCGGCACCAAUUGUGACCAGCCAGAAAAAUCACAAGGCAUAUGUGUGGCAAGCUGGAGCCACCCAAAUGAAGGCAUCAAAUGAAAAGAUUGUAGAGCUAAAGGAGCAACAGAAGACCCAUCAAGGGUCGAAAUCCAGUGAAAGAGAAGCACAUGGGAAGACAUUUUUCCAGAAAUCCCAGAGCACUGGGAUUCAGAUGUCUCCUACGUGUCAAACAGCUAUCCGUUAUAAGGCAACUCUCAGUAAAGGUCAGAGACUUCAUAAAGGGAAGAAAAGCCGUCCGUAUGAGGAUUGCAGGAAAACCUUCUCCCAGAACUCACAUGUUACAGUAUGUCAGAAAACUCUUAUAGAUAUAACGCUUUGUGGAUGUACAGAAUGCAAAAAAACUUCCUCUUGCAACUCAGAACUCACAAGUCAUCCAAGAACUCACAUUCGUAAGAGGCCCUAUAAAUGUAAGGUUUGUGGGAAAACCUUCUGCUCUCAGGGAAAACUCACUCUACAUCAAAUAGUUCACACAGGUGAGAAGCCUUAUGAAUGUCCAGAAUGUGGGAAAGCCUUCUCCCACAAGGCGUACCUCACUCAGCAUAAGAAAAUUCACCUGACCAAGAAGCCUUAUGCCUGUGCUGAAUGUGGGAAAACCUUCUACCGCCUUCCACACCUUACUUUGCAUAGGAGAACUCACACAAAUGAGAAGCCCUAUGGUUGUACAGAAUGCCAAAAAUCUUUCUACUGCCAGUCACAGCUUACUCUACAUCAGCGAACUCACACGGGUGAGAGGCCUUUUGAGUGCAUGGAAUGUGAGAAAUCUUUCUACUACAAGGCACACCUAACUCGACAUCAGAAAGUUCACACCAACAAGUCCUUUGAAUGUAUAGAGUGUGAGAAAUCGUUUUACUCCCAGUCAGACCUCACUGUGCACCAGCGAUCUCACACAGGUGAGAAGCCCUAUGAAUGUAUGGAGUGUGGGAAAUCAUUCUACCAGAAGUCAAAUCUCACUCUACAUCAGAGUACUCAUGUAGGUGAGAAGCCGUAUCCGUGCACAGACUGUGGGAAAGUUUUCUAUUGCAAAUCACAUCUCACUCUACAUCAGACAGUACAUACAGAUGAACACCCAUAUGUAUGCACAGAGUGUGGGAAAUGUUUCUACUAUAAGUCACAACUCAUUGUCCAUGGAAGAACUCACACAGGUGAUAGACCCUAUAAAUGUGGAGAGUGUGGGAAAGCUUUCACCCGAAAGCCACACCUCGUUCGACAUCAAAGCAUUACUCACACAGAUAAGAAAAAUUUGAAUGAAGCAAAUGUGGGAAAGGUUUCUACUGCAAGCCACAACUCACUUUACAUCCACUCACUUUACGUCAGUGAACGUAAACAUGUGCCAAGCAUUUUGAAGGAAAAGAAUGCAGGGUAGCUUUCUACUUCAAGGCACAAAUAACAGUAAUGGACAACUCAGAUGAAGAGUCCUAUGAAUGGGAAGAAAGAGAAAACUUUAUACUGUAAGGCUGUGGGAAAGAACUCUGAAAAUAUGAGUUCAAAAUAGAUAGUUUCUCAACUAUGCAAAAUACAAAGAUGCAAUAUAAAUUCUACGAGGGGCUUCAUAAACCUAAAAGAACAGAGGCAGCUGCACUAUGACCCAGCUUGUAAGAAAGAAACAAAGGCUGGCAGAUUCCUGAGUUCAAGGUCAGCCUGGGACUGAGUAAGGAUAGGCCCAGGUGUGGUGAGAAUUGUAAUCUCAGGACUGGAUCCCACCCAGCUAAAGUUAUUGUCUGUGCUUAACAAAGACUGGCGGAUCUCAGAAUUCAUUUGCAAUGUUUAAAGAAAGAAAGAAACAAGGAAAUGUGCUUGCUGUAUCUUUCUAAGAAUCAAGGGUCUGAAGUCUGGUGAUGCUGAUUCAUGAGAUAAUGAAAAGAGAACCUGGAGUAAAUGACUGAAUUGAUAUGUAAAUAAAAGAUUGGUCUGCAAGAGAUGCGCUAUACAGAGUUUUUAAAAAAAUUUUUCAAGCAAGAGAGAGCUGUCUUGUGAAGAGAGCUGUCUGAAAGCUAUCUCAAGCAGAAUACAGGCUUUCUGUCACCUUGUACCCCAUGAUUGAAUUUGAGUCAUCUUUUUCACUGCUCUCAAACACCCCUUCUCUCAGGAACCCCCCUCCAAACUGAGGCUGUUCCUUGACACAGAAGACCUGAGUUGGGUUCCCAGGUCCAUUGUCACCAGGAACUCCAGCUCCAGGUAAUUCAACAUCCUUGAAUCUUCCUCUGCAGCUAAAGAAGGUUGCUGAGGCCAGACAUGUGGCUGGUGUAUCCCUACAUGGAAGUCCAGAGAGGCUAUGGUGAAAAUGUGAAGGUGAAGCCUGGAUUGCCUGGAGACUCCAAAAGGUUAGAGAUGCCAGACCUGUGGGAUACCUGCCCAGGAAAGCUGCUACCAGGAAGUAGAGCCAGCCCAAGAGAGAGAAGUGUGUUGCAGUCAACAAAGCUGAAAGGAGUUGGAGAUCUGAAGAGCACUUUGACAUCAGCCAUGGAGAUGCAGAGUUUGGAGUUUGUCCAGCUGGUUUUCAGUCUUGUUUUGGUCCAGUGUUUCCUCACUGUGCUCCCUUCCCUCUGUUUUGGAAUAGUAAUGAAUAUCCUAUGUCAUGAUA